AUGCAUUGGUGUAUUCAGAAACUGAGCUGGAAUAUUCUUAUUCACAAUCUUCCAGAAGACAAUGAAGAAAACUUAUUUGAGAAAAUCCCACAACUCAUAAAGCAGCAUUUUGGAGUUGACACUUCCUUUGCAAACAUACAUAGAAAUGGGCCAAAAACUCCAGGGAGAUCGCGAAUUAUUACAGGCAGACUGUCAAAAUUUACUGAUAAGGAAAAAAUUCUCCAAGCGCAAAGAGAACUGAACAAAAGUGACCGUGAAGCGUCUGACCAGUCUGAUCAGUCCGCGCAACCAAAUGCACCCGAAAGAACCUUUUACGUCACGCCACAGAGACCAAUAGAAAUAGCGGAAAACCGAAAGAAACUGCAGGAGAUAAAUAAUCAGUACUGGAAGGAGAAAGUAAUGACACGAUUUGUGGGAGAGAAAUUAGUAUUCCCGAAUGGAAAUGUGUACAGAGACAAAGUAUUGAAACCAAAGCCAGAAAAUAUCCUUGAGAUGACCCAAUCAGAUAAGGAAAAGCUUCAAAAGAUUUCCAUGUCCACCAUGGAUUGCUCAGAUGAAGGGAACACAUUCAAAGCAGCUGCAACAACAACAGAGACAUUCAAUCAAGUCAGGGACUUUUAUAAAAAAAAUAUUAUUGACCCAGCCUACUCAACUGCUGAACAAAAUAUUUUAGUGUACCGUUUUAAAGAUAGUACCGGCGCAAUCCACGAGGGUCAUAAUGAUGACGGCGAGUAUGGAGCAGGGAGGCGGCUCAUCAAAGUUCUCCGAUCACUAAAUGUUACAAACAUGGCAUGCGUUAUUUCCAGGUUUUACGGUAAACACAUAGGCUUCCGCAGGUUUCAAAUUAUUGAAAACUUGACUGCAGACAUUGUUCUUGCACAUAGUGGCUAA